GGAGAAGCCAUAGAGAUUUCCCCUCAUGGUGUGCCGGAAGCGGAAGAGAUUCUUUAGCCGGCAUGGCGGCGGUGGGGUGGCUGAGUUUUCUGGCUCUCUUUGGAUUGGCGGUGUUGAGCGUUGCGGUGCCGCUUAAUUCUGAAGGGAGAGGCUCAAAAACAACCAAAGGCAGCACGAAAGGGAUAGCAUCAACUGCAAAAAGGCCAGACACCGUACGAGAGGCUUCAAAUGUACCUACAAAUGGGCCAAGCAAUAUUAAAUCCAGCCAAACUGGCAACUUGCAAGAUACCCAUCCAAGCCAGGACUCUGUGAACAAUGGUGUUGACACUGGUCAUAGUCCUGCUGAGCCAGCAGGCAAUGGCCAAUCCAACCAAAAUGGGAAUUCGCUAGAAGACCUCCCGAAAGAUCCAGCUGUAAAGGAAGUUGACCCUGCUCAAAGUCCUGCUAAACCACCAGACAAUGGUCAAUCUAACCAGAACGGGAAUUCCCAAAAAGAGCCCCCCAAAGAUCCAGCUGUAAAGGAUGUUGACACUGCUCAUAGUCCUGUUAAACCACCAAGCAAUGGUCAAUCCAACCAAAAUGGGAAUUCCCAAAAAGAGCCCCCAAAAGAUGCAUCUCUAAAGGAUGUUGAUGCUGCUCAGAGUCCUGCUAAACCACCAAGCAAUGGCCAAUCCAACCAAAAUGGGAAUUCCCAAAAAGAGCCCCCAAAAGAUCCAGCUGUAAAGGAUGUUGACACUGCUCAGAGUCCUGCUAAACCACCAAGCAAUGGCCAAUCCAACCAAGAUGGGAAUUUGCAAGAAGACCUCCCGAAAGAUCCACCUGUAAAGGAUGUUGAUGCUGCUCAGAGUCCUGCUAAACCACCAAGCAAUGGCCAAUCCAACCAAGAUGGGAAUUUGCAAGAAGACCUCCCGAAAGAUCCACUUGUAAAGGAUGUUGAUGCUGCUCAGAGUCCUGCUAAACCACCAAGCAAUGGCCAAUCCAACCAAGAUGGGAAUUCACAAGAAGACCUCCCGAAAGAUGCAGCUGUAAAGGAUGUUGAUGCUGCUCAGAGUCCUGCUAAACCACCAAGCAAUGGCCAAUCCAACCAAGAUGGGAAUUCACAAGAAAACCUCCCGAAAGAUCCAUCUGUAAAGGAUGUUGAUGCUGCUCAGAGUCCUGCUAAACCACCAGACAAUGGCCAAUCCAACCAAGAUGGGAAUUCGCAAGAAGACCUCCCGAAAGAUCCACCUGUAAAGGAUGUUGAUGCUGCUCAGAGUCCUGGUGAGUUAAAUCCUCUGGCUCCAAAGUUAGAUUCUGCAGGUAAAGAAUCAGUUGAUGAGGACCUUGAUGCUGAUCAAGACAGAGAUGAUGUGGAAGACAAUGAGGAAAAGGAUAAGGUUUCCAAGACUGCAGAUGAGAAAAAGACCCUCCUUCCACCUGAUCCAGCCUCCAAAGAAUCUGAGAAUAGCCACUUCUUUGCUUACUUAGUGACCACUGCUAUUGUUGUUGCUGCCUUAUACAUUGCCUACCACAAUAAACGAAAGAUCAUUGCCUUUGCUUUGGAAGGAAAGAGAUCAAAGUUAACCCGAAGGCCCAAAUCCAGUGACUAUCAGCGACUGGAUCAAAAGAUCUAAAGCAAAAAACCCCAAAUCCCUACUAGACAUUGGGUUGAAUAAGGACUCGCCCUGAGAAGAAGCACACAGAAAGAUGGGCCAAUGUCUCGCCUUCUAUCCGUACAGCCCUGAUGCUCUUCAGUUGUGCCCAAGGGAAGGGAGGAAAAGAAGUGCUUUUAAUUCUGCACGUGCACUUUUGUAAUGGUCAUCUUUCUGUCAUUCUUUCCAAGUCCUCACAUGUUCAUGCACCCCUCUCAGCUACUUGAGGUUGGACUGUUUUCUCCCAUACUGUGAUACACGAACCGUUAUGUACGACCUGUGUCCAAAUAAUGUGCUACUGUUCUGCAAUGGUGAUACAAAGGGCUGUGCUUUGGAGGCACCUUGCCUGUCAAAUGAGCAGGCUGCACGCUCUCCUAAAUUCCUUGGCACAAUCUUGGUAAUCAGUGUGGUGGGAUUGUAGGUUGAAUGCUGACAACAGCUGUUCAUGGUAUGGAAACUAGAAGCUCACUUCAGGGUCCUUUGCACUAGUCGUUUUGUGGGGAGGGGGCGGGGAGGGAUCUGUUUGAAAUCAUCCACAAGUAGAUGACAAAAUUUGGACAUUAACAUUAAUGUUUACAAGUCUUUCUAGAGAGGAAAGUCUAUGAAAAGGAGGGGUUAUAAGGCUCAGUUUGUGGUUUCCCAAUUCUAUUUGUUGUUGUUUUUGGUACAUUGCUUCCUGUUAAGCUGAAGAUCAGAGGAUUCAAAGUUUGCUGGUGUGAUAGAAUUUGGGUGGAGUGUUUUGACCUUCCCCACUCUGCUCUGUGCCAAUCAUCUUUUGAAAAGAAUUUCAACAAAAUUUUGUCUGCCACUAGUGCCACAUCCUCACAAUACAAAUGUCAGAAGAGCGAAGUUGUCGGGGCUGUUUCAAGAACUGCAAGUAAUUUUUUUUUCAAAUGUUUCUGGUAACUUGCACUCACUGGUAAUUUGCAAAGAAUAAAUUGUUCAUAAGUUGCUUUUUGCUGUGUAAAUCCACCAUUUCAGACCCACAUAGAUCCUCACUAUUGAUCCUAAGAGUGGGCCGAUUGCUCUUGCAUAAGUCUAAACAUCUUUUUUUCACUUAAUAGCUUUUUUUUUAGUGCAUUUCUUUCAAAGUGUGAAGAACAUUUGGCUAGAAAUGUAUGCUAGGGUUCACCGAUGCACUGAAUGUUUUAAUUCCAUAGUAGCACUAUCAUGUUCCUAAAUCAGUGAAAUAGUGUUCCUACAGAGCCUCGUAAUUCCAUAGAGCAAUCUUUAAUGCAAACCAGCCUGUUCUUUCUGUCUGUUUGAUGGCCUUUGGCAAACUGCAGCUGUUCUGAGGCUCCUUAUUUCUGUCCAUCCUAAGGAAGGUGAGAAUGUGAAUGAGAAACUAAUUCUGCCUCAAUCUCUCCAAUUCUGUGCAUGUGUUUCCACUUACAAUUCUUAAUAGAGGAUCAAUUUCGCAAACCCUGCUUAGUCACGUAAUUGCAAUUUGGCAGUCUGUUUGGAUGUUAGAAUAUCCUCUAAUGCUGAUGUUUUCUGCAGCUCCCUUCAGCAGUUUCUGUCAGCACAAAUUGGGAGAAGCAUAGCUGUUUGAGAAGCUUUGACCACCUUCUCCUGCACCUGGAAAGGAGUCUUUUAGUUCAAGCCCAGUCUUCUGCUGGCUAAUUGUUCUCACCAUUAAAAAUAUGAAUGCUGGCAUGAUCGUCUGUCCCUGGAGUCCCAUGCCAACUCUAUGAUAAUUUUAGUUGGUUUGUAGCUAGGCAUGUAAUAAGUUGCAAAAAACCAGCAUGUUGAGAAUUCCAGGGCCAGUAAGUGACAACUUGCCUGCAAUCAGCAGUGGUCCUCCUCUUCCAAUACCAAAUGGAAAUUGUCAGAGACCGUGUUCUGUUGCUCCCUGCAAUUAAAGCACUGGAGGCUGACUUCUGUUAUGCUUGAUGUACAAUCCUGUAUGCUCUUUCCUUAAUUCUCUCACUGUAAAAAUCUGUGGAAUUAUUUUUUUAUUUUUAAUUGAUUUUGUGAUUUCUCUCAGGCAAGAGACUUAAAGUCCCCUGUCCCCUACAAGUGAAAACUUGCUCCAUGUUCUUUGUUGUGUUCACAUUUUUACCUAGAUUUCAAAUGAGUGGAGUUGUUUUGCUUGGGUACCUUUCUUGCCAAAAUGUGGAUUUUCCUUUACUGUCCUCAGUGCUGUUUGGACCCACAAAUGUGUGUUUUUGUUUCUGGCAGCUUUAAAAUGAGACACUUUAAAAAUUCAGGCAGAAUUCAGGCUUGUUUUUAAGUUUUGUAAUUUUCUGUGUGGUGAACUGAAUAAAUGGAUAUACCAAACUUUUCCCACCAUUUCUUGGAACAUUGCAUCAACUUUUAAAUGGCCCUACCUUGUAUGGAGAUCACAGGAUCUUUAAGACCUCUCCAUUCCAAAUACUCCCUUGUGUCCUUGCUCACAAGAACUCCUUAAACUCUGCCUACAAGAACUGCUGCUUGGAGACAGCCCUGCCUCCUCAUGGUGAGCAGAGAGGGGUGGGUGGAGGUAGUCUCUGUGUUCCAUUUGUAGUGGAAGAACAUUCAUGGAACGGGGAGUAGAGACAGGAUACUGCUGUUAUCAUACUCCCUCUUCCUUCCCCAGUUUGGGAAGUAUAUGAUACAUCCCUCUUACGCUUUGCAAUUGACAUCUGUACAGAUUGUGUAUGAUUUACUUAACUAUGGCAGCAUCAGCCACCUGGUAACGCAGCUUCUGAUAGUGAACUGUCCUACAGUCUUGGCACUUCCAGCAGUGUUCUAGAUCAAAAAAUAAAAUCUCAGUUGGCCAACCUUUGAAUUCAUUCCCUUCAAAGGGAAAUGCCGUAUAGGUAUCUUCAGACUAUGGAGGAAAAGAGCAGUGUCUCUGAGAUGAAGCCUAGCUGCUUUUCGGCUUGAUUUCACUGUGUUAUAAGCUUAACUUGGUGAUGAGAAAUGCAAUCGGUCUUUCUUUGCUUGUGUUUAUCUGCCAAGCCAGAAGAAAGCUUGCUGUCUGGAUAGCCAUAAAACAACUGGAGUACUAAAAGCCUGCUCUGUAUCCCAAAAGCAGGAUAAAAAUAUCUUAAUAAAUAGCUAUCUGCUUGUUUGACUGCGA